UUUACUUCAAAUAACUAUAUCCAACAUAUAAAUCAAGGAUGAUAUAAAUCAAGCGUCAGAACUCAACGUAGCAUCAUAUUCUAUUGCUCAUACUACAAGCUAAUUUUUAAUUUUCUUCAAAUUUUUGAGAUACUCUUAACCAAAAUGGCAAUGAGGAGUAACCCGACUUUGUUUUUGGUCACGUGCAAAGGGUGCCGAGAGACGUUUGGGAACGACAGGAAGCCGUUCGCUUUGAACUGUUCGCCGGGACACAGACUGUGCGAGAAGUGCUUGGAUGACUACUCGAGGAAGUUUUGCCCGCAAUGCCGAAAACCUAUUUUGAACCGGGGUGGUCUGCGGGUUGACAAAACAGCCCUGGACAGGGCCAUCAAAGCGACCAGAGCUGAAAUGGGACAGGGAGGGAGUUCCGACAACCUGGCCGCAUCGUUCGGCGCUUCGGACUCGUUCGCCAGUUGUCAGCGGUGUAAGAACCCGGCGACCACGUACAAGAUGGUGUGUCCUCAUUGUUCCCAACUGGUCUGUCAGAAGUGCGCGGAGAAAGAUAUCAAUGCGUACAUGCCACAGCUGCAAAUGGGAUUCAGCAGGUACCUGGAUCUUCUGAAAAGCGUGAACGAAGAAGUCGAAAAACACGUGCGAGCUGAACAGGUCAAAAUUGACAAAUUUUUUGAGGAGCGGAAAAGGGAGGCAAAAAACCAGUUGCUAACAAGUGUUGCUCAGCUGAAUCUGAGCAAAAAACGAGAGGAGGCCGAGAUGCUCUUAACCGAGUUGGACCGAAUGGCGAAUGACGAAGUGUUCGAGGGUGAUAACAACGGUGCUGAUAAGAACUCAAUUUCAGUCGAGCAGGAUUUCCAGUCGAUGUGUAAUUUGGUCUUAAGAGCUGAAAAAGUGAGGAAAAAUCAAGUGAUGGAACCGGAUAUUGAUUUCUCAGAGGCGGUUGUUCACAUGGAGCAUUUCCAGGAAAAAGUUCAAAAUCGGUCGGAUAGAUUUCACAAACGACCUAUCUCCUUCUCUCUCGGAAGCGGUUUAGACGAGGCCGAGAAACGAGCCUUCGACAACCUCUUCUCGCCCGCACCCGAGCUCCGAACGACUCGUCGGAUGCGACACACGUCGUCAAAUAACAUCGAUUUGGAAUCGUUUACCUCAAGGGUCAACAGGUCCUCGACAUCAAACCCAACUUUGAGACGGAACCCUUCGUAUCAAAACAUCUACAUGGGAACUCCUUUGCGACCUAGAAAACCAUCUUUGGGAUUCAAUAAACUAUAAAUGAAGAAAAGUAAUAACCAGUUUACUAUUGAUUGGCUUAAAACUAAUUCUUAGUGAAAGUAAUUUUAUCAAUUUAUUGUUUUUUAUUAUAACUGAUUAAUAACUUAGUUUAACCAAACCAAUG